AACCAUUUCUUUGCGCUUCAAUUCUUCACGUAUUUCAAUGAAUCCGAUAUUAGUCUCGAGUGUAAAACUGUUGCCAAUUAUGUGAACGAUCACCAAAACGAGGACUGGGCUCUCAGAUCAGAAAUGAUCGAUGCGAGUGGUGUCGUGGGCUCAGGUCUAGCGAAAGGCAACUAUCAAUAUAUGGGAGACUUUGAUGAAUGUCUGGACAUUCGCGUCAUAGUACAGGGCGACCAACAAAUUGCCGGUAUUGCCGGCCACUACUGUACAUUGGAUUUGCCCAUGAGCACAUUAAUUGGACAAACAUCCAAACAUAAAGCUUUGGAUAUCGAGAGCCUUCAUUUGACGCCAACUCUUGUUUCAUUAAAUACUGGAAUUAAUGUAUCGGUCAGUGAUUGUACCGAUUCUGAUGGCAAUCAAAUUCAAUGGUAUCACACAUUCAUUCUG